AUGGAUGAGGUCAAUCUGCGUCGCAAGGACACCACCAAGGGUCCACCGUUACGGAUCUUGUCUCUAGAUGGAGGCGGUGUCCGCGGUUACUCCAUGCUCAUUAUCCUCCAGGAACUCAUGUAUCGCACGUAUGUCGAAUGCGAAGGCAAGCCGCCUCGUCGCGACCAAAUACCCAAGCCCUGCGACCACUUUGAUCUGAUUGCCGGGACCGGCACCGGCGGCUUGAUCGCGAUCAUGCUGGGACGUCUUCGCCUCGAUCUCGAGACCUGUAAAGAAGUCUACGUGCGCAUGACAAGGAGGGUCUUUGAGACCGAUAAGACUAUCGCGGGUAUUCCUUAUCGUUCGACAUUGUUCAAGGCCUCGAAGCUUGAGGAGGCGAUCCGGGAAUGCGUGCGCGAACACACCGUCUUCGAGGCCGAGGGCAAUGAUCAACCGAAUGCCGGCAAUAACCCUCGAGCAUCGAUCGCAAGUGUUGGCUAUACUAGCCCAAACUCUGUACCGCAGAGGUCCGUCAGCCGAGGCAGUUUUAGCACGUCGGCGAUGUCCCAUCCCCAAAGUCCAGCAAGUCAAAGAGGGUCCACUUUUCUGAAUGGGCUACGCUGGGGAAAUCCGGAGGCUCUCCUCUACGACAAUCGAGAGUUCCGGACCAAAACUGCCGUCACCGCGCUGUACAAGGGUACUCAGCGCAACGGGUCAGCCGUACUUCUGCGCUCCUACGACUCUCGCCGAGAACCCCCGCCCGAAUUUGACUGCACGAUCUGGCAGGCUGGCCGCGCCACAUCAGCCACGGGACUUGCUUUCAAGCCGAUCCAAAUCGGCCAGCAUGUGUUCAUCGACGAAGGACCUGGAACCUACAAUCCGGCACCCCAGAUUCUCGAGGAGGCAGUUGCCAACGAGUGGCCUGGUCGAGAGGUCGGCGUGUUCGUCAGUGUUGGAACUGGCCGACGGCCUUCUGGCACUAAUAACCGACAGCAUGAAUGGUGGGAGGAUUUCUUUGGUUCCGCGACCGGCACGUUCGCCGAGGCGCGACGACGACUGAUCUCGAAGAUUGAAGGCUGCGAGACUAUUCAUCAGGAAAUGCUGCGGGAUACGCUUGCCAAGCGUGGCGUCCCCACUGACAACUACUACCGGUUCAACGUGGAGGUUGGCGUUGGCGAGUUUGGAAUGAACGAGUGGAAUCGCCUGGCCGACAUCAGCACCAAUACACGGCAAUAUCUGGCCAAGUCCGAGGUGAAAAAGAUGAUCCUCGAUUCCAGCGUGAAGUUUGCCAAGAUCGAGCGCAUGAACAAGCGCCUUGCCCAGCAUGCGGCCGCCGGUGGUGACCGCGAUGACCUGUCAUUUGACCUCGAGCGAGAGGAGAUCUUAGUCCCCUCACGCAACCCUUCGACCUACUCGGUGCCCCCUCCGGCAAAUCAGUUCGCAGUCGAGUUACCUGCCUCACCAGUGGAAUACUUCCCACAACCUCCUUCGCAGGCCUCCCCUCCGGUCCCCUCCAGUGUGACCGUGACCGCACCCCCAGGAGACGACUCUCUACCCGCACAUCCAACCCCCCAUAACAAUGGCCUGCCAGUCUCCCCGACGCGGCACUCCAGCAGCGAUGUCGCCAGCUUCCGUCCCAGUCACGAGUAUAGCCGACCUUCCUCGCAACAGCAGGGUUCUCCCGGGCGCAGCGCCGAGCACGUUGCAUCCCAUAACAUGUCCCCCAUCAACGGCAUGCCUCCGCCCAUCCCGCCCAAGACGCCCAUCCCAUACCCGUCCGUCGAGGACGGUGGUGUCUCUAUGCCCGCACCACUCUUCUCACAACCGCACGUUUCUGUGCCAAGCGGCAAGGUGCGACCGCCAUACCCCGUGGACGAGCCCCCGCCCGUGGUCAACCGACAGCGCAAGCCGAGCUACCACGUGCGGUGA